AUGGCGUCCCCACUUCUAUAUAUUGUCGCUUUGUGUACGAUAAUUCUACUGGAUUUGCCCGUUCAAGGGUUGCCCAUAGAAAAGGGAAUUGAGGUGUUGAACCGACAGGACAGCCAGCAUGUGAUUGCUCAAAAGAAUGUGAAGUUGCUUCUAAACUGUUCGGUGACCUCCAAAUUUGGUGUUCCUGAGAUUACCUGGUUAAAAAACGGGGUUCCCCUCAACCUCGACAACCGGAUAUCUAAGGAUGUCAACGGCUCGCUUUUCUUCAAGAAAGUAGUCAACAAGAGGAAGAAAAACAUCACAGAUGAAGGCCUUUACGAAUGUCUCGCUGCCAACUCCAAAGGAAUGGUGUUGGCUCGUCGAGUCAAACUGGAGAUCAGUGGAAUUUCCGGUAAAUUUUCUCGCCAGCCUGAGGACCAGACAGUAGAGGAAGGGGCUGUAGCUCGGUUUCAGUGUAACAUACGAGCCUCUCCCCCACCCCUUUAUACAUGGCUCAAAGACGACGAACAUCUUAACAAUGACGACAGACAUAUUAUAAUUUCUACGGGUAUUCUACAAAUCUUGGAUGUCGGUGUGGACGAUGCUGGUCAUUAUUGGUGUACAGCCACGCCAGGGAAACUCCAUGACCUGCCCGAUCAGGUAGACAGCAUCAAAUGGAAAAAAAGUAACCCAGCUACUCUGACUGUCAAGCCAGGAACUGGCAACCGACCUUUAACAAUCAAAUCUGGACCGGUAAACACAACAGUACAGGAGGGCCAAUCUGUGGUCCUAGAAUGUCUGGUGGACGGCACUCCUCAGCCUGAGGUCACAUGGGAGAGAGAUGAUGGUACAGAUGCGACUGUGGCAGCUGUCAAAUAUGGUUUCUCUAAUCUGAAGGUCCUCCAGGUGACAGUGGGUCACUCCGGUGUUUACAUAUGUAAGGCAGAGAGUGGAGGCAAGAAAGUUUCAGCCCGAGCCACUCUCACCGUACACACUCGACCAGUGAUCACUCGAGGACCACAAAGUGUGCAGUAUGUUCCUGCCCACAGUACCAGGUUUGAAUGUGUUGUUGAUGGCAACCCGCGCCCUCGGGUUCAGUGGCUAAGAAAUGGAACGAAAAUCAUGCCAGCUGCCAACCAUCAAAUCAAACAAAACAACGACCUUGUGAUUACGGGAACAGUGCCACAGAAUUCUGGGUAUUACCAAUGUGUUGUAGAGAACAGUGUCGAUUAUGACAUGAGGAUUGCUAGGCUGGAAAUUUUACCAAUAGGUAAGUUAGAUUAUGACAUGAGGAUUGCUAGGCUGGAAAUUUUACCAAUAGAAUCAGCUCCACUUCCUCCGCAGGGAAUACAUGUACAAGUUCUGUCGGCGACGUCCAUUUUUAUUUCCUGGGAUUCUAGUAGUCAGCGGCGAGUGUUGGCCUACUCACUCAACAUUGUGAACAAAGACACUGGAAAUACACUGAACACGCGGGUCAUUGAACAGGGCAUACACAGUGAAAGGGUAGAUAACCUGUCACCAGCCACCACAUACAAGGUGUCUGUGCGUGCCUACAACACAGAUGGUGCAAGUUCAUUUUCGGAUGUACUAGUCAUCACCACAUAUGAGAAGGAGCCUUCAGCUGCACCGAUGAUUCGUAUCACCAAGACAACAGCCACCAGUAUCGCACUGGAAUGGGACGAGUUACCACGGAAACAGAGAAAUGGGGUCAUUGUUGGCUACAAGGUGUUUUAUCAGAAGGAAGGGGAGACUGCCAUAAAGACGGACGAAGAUAAUAAUGGAGGAAGUCGCUCUUUUGUCAUCAAAGGUUUGGAACCCAAUACAAAGUAUCGUGUCAGGGUGUUGGCACGGACCAAGAUAGGGUACCCGGACUUAAAAGAGGAUCGCUGGCCUUGGGUACACGACAAGACACAGCCCCGCUCCCGCCAGAACGAUUCUGUCCCUGAUCCUCCCACUCUGACUGUGAUUUCACUCAAUGCCUCUUCUGUAAACAUCACUUGGCACCAGGAUGUACCACGAGUUCCAGUCACGAUGUAUAAAGUCAUACUCAAGCGUCUGAAAGACUCUGAUCAGUCACAGCAUCAGUACGAAGUGCAGCCGACUAAACAGAAUCUGAUCCUCACUGACCUUUUGAAUGAGACGUUUUAUCAAGUGUCAUUGACGGCUUCAAACCAGUUCGGGGAAUCGGGAGCUGUAAUUGAAGAGUUCCUCACCUCGGAGAAUCCUCCUCCUCCUGUACCCAUUAACCUUCAUGCAACAUUUCUCGCCUCCCGUAUCAUCAGGGUGGAAUGGUCUCAACCAGAAUUUUACACUGAUGUCAUGUCGUAUCGUGUCCGGUACCGCCCAGAACGUGGAAGCCCAAUCCACGAAUCUAUUAUCAUUACUGACAGGACACGAGCAGACAUUGUGGAUUUGAUGCCAUAUACCUAUUACUACAUUGAGGUUCAGGCAGUUGCUGGAUCCAGGGAGAGCAAAUUCAGCAGAUCCAUCCUAGAGAGAACACAGGAAGAUGUACCAUCUGUACCAAGAAACAUCAAGGUCACCAUUGAACAGAAAUCAGCUCUCGUCCGCUGGGAUGCUCCUGCCUUUCCAAACGGAAAUAUCACCACCUAUAUAAUCCGUUACGGCCAUCAGUCGGAAGAGAAAUGGAAAUCUGUCAAGGUCAAUGGUUCUCGUACAAUGGUUCUUAUUGACAAUCUGAAGCCUGGACUCAACUUAGUCGAAGUGACUGCUUGUACAAGUGCUGGACAAGGUCCUAGGUCAAAGAACAGCAUUCAUAUCCAUGGCACAAGGGAACAGAUCACAGCCAAGCCCAACGCAAACACAUCUCAUCCUCAACAGCUCGGCAUCAUUCUUGGGAUCACGAUCGGUGUUGUGUGCAUCAUCAUUUGUAUCCUCAUCGUUCUUCUCCGUAACAAGUGUUUCAAUAAUCCACCCCCAGGACAUCCACAUGUACAGGCAGUUCGCUCCCACAGAAACGGUCACAUUCCAGGUCUGGGCAAUGGACAUGCUGUUCCAAUGUCUGAUAGGGAAAUGGACCCUUAUACGCCGAUGCUUGAUGGACACUACGAAAAUCACCUGCUAGAUUCAAAGGGAUGUGGUAGUGGGAACAUCAUUGUAACGCCCAACGGUACAAGGGUGAACGGGUAUGUGCCAUUCUCCAACGGAUUACGGAACGGUCAUCUUCAUAAUGGUCAUGUGACUACAGUCAUUGGUUACCAGAAUGCAAAUCAGCAGGAGGAAACACGUGAGUUAAUAGCAGCAAUGUUAGCAAAUGACGGGAAUGCUGUGACAGAUGAUCGGAGUCAUCUUUACAAACUAAGCAGUCCUGAAAGGUCAUCUCUUGAUGACAUAGAUAAAAGUAUGAGUGGAACCGACUCCGACCAGAACACCUCGACUGGAUCAGCUGAACUACCUCCAAUGGCGUGUUGUCUUGACGAUGGGACCACGGCAUGUUGCCAUGAUGAUGACAGUGGUUGUCAUGGGGACAAUAGCAGCUGCCCACUGGUAGGGACAUAUCCUCAGGAGGACAAUGAUGUCACACAGGCAAGACCUCCAUUGGAGGUCGAUACACAACAGGGAGUACGUCCUCCCGAUCCCACGGGCUCGGUUCAGUGGGCAGCUAAUGGUUCUGAUGACCACUCAGAUGGUGGGGGGCGUGUCCACAGUGCAAGGCACGCCCCUCAGGCGCAGCUACCUCCACGGGCAAUGCCCACAACCUCUGCUUUCUCCAAUGGGGAAGACAACAAGCAUCAAUCUUCUACCUCAGUGAGCCCCCAGGCAACUUCUACCUCAUUAGAUGCAAGGGGUAUGGACAUUACAGUUUCCCAAGCGAAGGAGAAGGGGCCCUCCAAUUUGGCUCCUCAGGGGACACCUACCUCAGGGAAAGGCAGUCCUGUAGUGAGGCCUAUCCAUGAGAAUACCUCUUCAUUUCAACCUAACAACCUCGCACCGUCGGCAGCGGUGACCGUCGUACGGGGAAACGACAAUCAGUCACGUCCGUCGCGCGUCCAGGGCAAUAUGUCCUCGAGCCCACGUGUCCCUGGGGUCAGGGGGUCGUACCAGCAGCCUCCCCCUCCCCCAUACCCUGGUCCCCGGGACCUAGCAAUGCAUCAUAUACCUCAGGAUUCACUCAGGCGAGACCACAACGCGGUGGCAGCAAGGCAGGCGUUUCAGGACGUUGCCGUCUAA